AUGGCUGCCACCGUCGAAAAGACGACUGUCGACCCGACUGUCGCAAGCAUCUCCGUCCCCGAGAAGGCCGCCUUCACCACCACCGAGGGUAUCCCUUCUGCCAACUUGACGCCCGUUCCCACGACGACCCCCGAGAAGAGUCUCGACCUCCACCGCGACAGCAACCUCUCCACCCCAAGAUCCUACCGCAAUGAGAACCCUUUUGACACCGAUAUCGAGGCUAUGAUCACUGCCACCUCCUCUUCCGACCCCUACGCCAUGAAGACCAUCACCACUACUAAGGCAGACUGCCCCACGAUAUGGCCGGGGAAGCAGGAUUGGAAGGCUAGGGCGAAGGCUGCCAAGCGUCAGAGAGAUCGCAGCUCCUGCGCCUGCAUGGCGAAGAUGAGCAAGAAGAACCGCAUCAUCACCAAGAUCGCUCUCGGCCUCCUCGUCAUCGGUGUCGGUGUCGGUGUUGGCUUUGGUGUCAGCAAGCCCCUCGGCGCACCCAUCUGGGGCGAUACCAGCAGCAACAGAUAA